AUGUCAGCCGAUAUGAGCGGCGAACAAAUGCAGGCCAAGAUUACUGCGGCCAGGCGCGAAGCGGAGGGUUUAAAGGACAAGAUCAAGCGCCGAAAGGAUGAGCUGGCCGACACCUCCCUUCGUCAAGUUGCGCAGAACCAGACCGAAGUCCUCCCUCGAAUUGGCAUGAAGCCCCGUCGUUCGCUCAAGGGUCACCUCGCCAAGAUUUACGCCAUGCACUGGUCCACCGACCGCCGUCAUCUCGUGUCGGCGUCGCAGGACGGAAAGCUCAUCAUCUGGGAUGCCUAUACGACGAACAAGGUGCACGCCAUCCCCCUUCGCUCAUCCUGGGUGAUGACCUGUGCCUAUGCCCCCAGUGGAAACUAUGUGGCCUGCGGUGGUCUCGACAACAUUUGCUCCAUCUACAACCUGUCCUCGCGCGAGGGCCCCACUCGCGUCGCACGAGAGCUCUCGGGACACUCGGGAUACCUCUCCUGCUGCCGCUUCAUUAACGACCGCCGCAUUAUUACCUCGUCAGGCGACAUGACCUGCAUGCUGUGGGAUAUUGAAUCUGGUUCCAAGGUGACCGAGUUUGCCGACCACCUGGGUGACGUGAUGUCCAUUAGCAUCAACCCGACCAACCAGAACAUCUUCGUGUCCGGUGCCUGCGAUGCCUUUGCGAAACUCUGGGAUAUUCGAACGGGCAAGGCAGUUCAGACGUUCGCUGGCCACGAGUCUGACAUCAACGCGAUCCAGUUCUUCCCUGAUGGCAAUGCGUUCGGGACUGGUUCCGAUGACACCUCAUGCCGCCUGUUCGACAUUCGUGCCGACCGCGAGCUCAACAUCUACCAGAGUGACCAAGUUCUGUGCGGUAUCACCUCGGUUGCGUUCUCGGUUUCGGGACGGUUACUCUUCGCAGGAUACGAUGACUUUGAGUGCAAGGUGUGGGAUGUUCUGCGCGGGGACAAGGUUGGCGCAUUGAGCGGCCACGAGAACCGUGUGAGCUGCCUGGGAGUCAGCAAUGAUGGCAUCAGUUUGUGCACUGGGUCCUGGGACUCUCUGCUCAAGGUCUGGGCCUGGUAG